GGGCGAUGCCAGUGUAAAUGCCAGGGCGAUGUCCCGACGUAAGCAGGGGAACCCGCAGCACCUGUCCCAGAGAGAAAUAUCACCGGAGGUUGAGCAUCCAGAUGGCGGACUGCUCUCCGACUCUUUACCCCCCCAUUUGCUUGGCCUGCCCUCCCACCCUCUUGGCCUACCUCCCCACCCAUUGGAACCCAGCCUGGCCCACACCCUGCCACCCGGCCUCCAUGCCGAUCACGACCUGCUGACCUGUGGCCAGUGUCAGAUGACCUUCCCACUAGGUGACAUCCUCCUCUUCAUUGAGCACAAGAAGAAGCAGUGCCAAACACCGCUGCUGGCCAAUGGCUGCUACAACAAGUUGACAGACCGGGGUGGAGGAGGUGGAGGAGGGAGCCCCACUCUGCCGGGCCUUCAUCACCAAGGCCAGCGGGUGGAGCUGAGGAAGGUGGUGGAGCCAGUGGAGAUCGGCAUCCAGGUGACACCAGAGGAGGAGGAGGUGGGAGGAGGUGAAAGGAGAGAGAGGACACCCACCAAAGGAAUUUGCCCCAAGCAGGAGAACACACCGGCAGGUGGCAGGGAUGAGCCUUCCAGCUAUAUUUGUACCACAUGUAAGCAGCCUUUCCCCAGCGCCUGGUUUCUGCUGCAGCAUGCCCAGAACACCCACGGCAUUCGCAUUUACCUGGAAUCCAACCCAUCAAGCACAGCCCUCACCCCACGUAUCACCAUGCCUCCGCCCAUGGGAAAUGACUCCAUCCCUCAGUCCCCCCUCGCCAACUUUCUUGGGGACAACAACCCUUUUCAUCUUUUGAGGAUGACUGGUCCCCUGCUCCGGGAGCCUCCCCCAGGCUUUGUGGAGAACCGCCUUCCCAACACGCCACCGUUCGUCAGCCCGCCGCCCCGCCACCAUCUGGAUCCCCAUCGGCUAGAACGCCUUAGCGCAGAGGAAAUGGGCCUCAUCUCCCAGCACCCUAGUGCCUUUGAGAGGGUGAUGCGGCUAACGCCCAUGGCAAUGGAAUCACAGUCCAUGGAUUUCUCCAGGCGGUUACGUGAAUUGGCAGGGAACACCAACAGCACCACACCACCACUCUCACCCAGCAGGGCCAACCCUGUGCACCGACUACUAAACCCCAACCCCUUCCAGCCUGGGCCAAAAUCGCCCUUUCUGAGCACGCCACCCCUACCGCCUAUGCCUCCAAACAGUACCACCCCUCCCCAGACACAGAACAAGAUCAAGUCCUGUGAGUUCUGUGGUAAGACCUUCAAGUUUCAGAGCAACUUAGUGGUGCAUCGGCGCAGCCAUACUGGAGAAAAACCAUACAAGUGCCAGCUGUGUGAUCAUGCCUGCUCGCAAGCAAGCAAGCUGAAGCGUCACAUGAAGACCCACAUGCAUAAGACCGGAUCCCUGACAGGGCGCUCAGAUGAUGGACUCUCUACUACAAGCUCCCCAGAGCCAGGCACCAGUGAUGUGACAGGUGAGGGCAUGAAGAAUCGUGAUGGGGACUUUCAGGGGGAAGGCAAUGAGGAGGAAGAAGAGGAGGAAGAAGAAGAGGAACUCGAGAAUGAGAGUCGACCAGAAUCCAAUUUCAGCAUGGAGUCUGAGUUCUACCGAAACAGGGAGAAUGGUUCUAAACCAUCCUCAGAAGAGAAGACAUCACUUGCCCUUGAGAAGAUGGUGGAAGGUGGGGGGCUCAACUCUAUACAGCCGUACAAUAAUUUGAUAGUUGACAAUCGUAAAAGGAUGUCCUUCUCCAAGAGGGGCUCAGAUGCCCAGCGGGACACUGGGGAUGAGGACUCAGUGGCUGGGGAGAUGGACCAUCACCAGCAGGAAGAGAGGACAACCAUUAAUGGCCGGAACUGUGGUUCUGGUGACUCUUUCUCAGGCCUGUUUCCCCGUAAACCCACCCCCAUCACCAGCCCCAGCCUGUCCAACUCCUCAAAUAAGAGGAUCAAGAUUGAAAAGGACUUGGAUAUUCCCCCAGCACCCCACAUCCCCUCUGAGAACGUCUACUCCCAGUGGUUGGUGGGUUAUGCUGCCUCACGCCACUUCAUCAAAGACCCUUUCCUAGGCUUCACUGACUCCAGACAAUCUCCAUUCGCCACCUCCUCUGAGCACUCAUCAGAGAAUGGCAGCCUGCGCUUCUCCACUCCUCCAGGUGACCUGCUAGAUGGUGGCCUCUCAGGCCGCAGUGGCACUGCCAGUGGGGGCAGCACGCCUCAUCUGGGUGGAGGCCCUGGUCCGGGCCGGCCUAGCUCCAAGGAUGGCAGGAGGUGUGACACUUGUGAAUUCUGCGGCAAAGUUUUCAAGAACUGUAGCAACCUGACGGUGCACCGGCGCAGUCACACUGGUGAAAGGCCCUACAAGUGUGAGCUGUGCAACUAUGCCUGUGCCCAGAGCUCCAAGCUAACACGCCACAUGAAGACACAUGGUCAGCUUGGUAAAGAGGUGUACCGCUGUGACAUUUGCCAAAUGCCCUUCAGCGUGUACAGCACUCUGGAAAAACAUAUGAAAAAGUGGCACGGAGAACAUUUGAUGACAAAUGAGGUCAAAAUUGAACAAGCAGAGAGAACCUGAAGUAGGUUCCCUAUUUCUCACACUCUGCGCAUCACUGACUUAAAAAAUAAACAAAAUGGGGUAGCUGGAUACUCUUUUCCUGAAAUAUUAAUUUUGAGUUAAUCUUGUGUUUUUGCCUAAGAAACUGCCAACUGAGAAAAAAAAGUGAAAACAGAUCUUAACACCAAGUGAAACUGUCUAAACUGCCUCAUUUGGUGUUCCUUUUUAAGCAAUCAGUCAGUUAAGUUAUAACAUAUGUGGAGCCUUUAACUGUGCAAUAAUUUCUGUAUUUAUUGUAUUUUGUAUUUUGGCAUGUGCAGGUACAUUUUUUAUUUAGGCAUUUUUCAAAAAAAAUUGUUUUAUUUUGUUUUUUUGUUAUUUUUUUAACCCACAUGAUAUCCUGAGAGUUUUUUUAGAAGACAAAAGUGAAUUUUGAACUUUUUGGCUGCUGCUUAUAGGACAUUGCAUAUUAACCUAAACCUGAGUUCAUUAAGGGAAGCAGAAUUCUAUCUUCAAUUUGAAAGUGGCGUUAACUGAGAAUGCUAGAAUUAGUCUAUUCUGUGUGGUGGUGAUGAUGAUACGCGGACAACAAUCCUUUGGCACUGUAGCAUGAACUGACUCUGAAACAUGUCAGUAUAAUUGGAUAUGUAGCACUGAGUGUCAUAUUUGACAGUAAAUGUAAAAUCAAAGAGGAUCCCAAGGUUCAUUAACCCCGUCUCCUCCUGAGAACAUCAUAACAAGCGAGAAGAAACAGAUUCUAGAUAAGGCAGCUGCUGACUGGUAUGUAGUACCAAGCCCUGACAACGCUACAACAACCAUCCUUCAUUUCUUGUGCCCCCCACCCCCCUUAACUUACUACCAUCUUAUCUACAUUCAAACAUCCAUAUAUUAUAUUUUGCAUGAAGCCAUAUGAUCUAGGCUAUAUUGUUUAUUAGGAGUAAACUGAGCAUGAAGCCAUGCAAGAUAAGUAUGCAUAGAAACAGAUGGAAGAACAAGACAAGAGAGUGAGUACAGGGACAUCUCAGGGUGAGCUAUCCUACUUUAUUCUGUCUUUAUUUACCCACUUAUCCUUAUGUUCCAGAGACAUUUCCAUUCAUCAUAUGUUGAAAUCAUUAGGGACACGUCCUCUACAGCUUCUGUUGGUUCCUUCUGUCCCAUUCUAUCUGGAUAAUGUCCAGACUUUAUCCUUAUUUCAAAGUAGGCAUUUAUAUUUGAAGUCACAGCUUCUAAUUAUAAUAUGAAUUAGUUUAGAGAAGGUUAAAUGUGUGUUCAUAUGUACAAGGCAGAUGCUACCACUUUAACUGGAUUUCUGCAGAAAAUAUUUUAUGAUCAAAAUUUAUAAAAUUCAGCAUCCCUAUGCAUCUGAAAUGACAUUAGUAGUACAUUAUUACUUGCAUUUUAUAAUGAUUCUAUAAUUAACAAAGUCACCUCCGAGAAUAAAAAUCCUUCAAGGUUUCACUGUUACAUGUGAGACACUUAGAACAAGAAAAAUGUGUCAGUGUGUGCUGAAAGAUUAAGACUAAUAUUAAGAGAGCUGAAAAAACUUAGAAAAAAUCAACUGGACUAGAUUUCUAGGUCGAAGACGUUUCACCUCUCAUCCAAGAGGCUU